AUGGAACUGAACGAGAACGAUUCGUUCAUUUAAAAGAUUCAUUCAAAAACACCGAUUCGUUAGCAGCUCUAAUUGUGAUCCACUUCGAGACAUUUAGCUACAUGUUUUGGAUACAGUCUUGGAUACCGUUUUUGCGUGAAAGUACUUAAACUGGCGUUCGCAGCAGACCGCAGAACCUAGGCAGUGGAAACUUUUUAGUCACGGAAAAAUUGUUCAUCUGGGUUUCUGGUUUUGGAUCCUUUGCUCUGUCCCAGCCAAUGUAGUUUCGGUGGAUCGCGGUCCCGUUUAGGCUUGGUGUUACAAGAACCGUAUUUUUAAUAUUUUAAAGUAUCUGUUUUCAUACGCUGGCAUCAUCUCGUGCGAACCUGCCAACGCCUUUUCUCUCCUUGGCUUCGUUAUUCCUCAAGCUGAAGGAAAAUCACUACAACGUCCAGUUUUAAAGGUUCUUAUUAAUCGUUUUAUAAACGUUUUGUAAAAUGGGUUGCACGUUAAGUGCUGAAGAUAAAGCAGCGAUGGAGAGGAGUAAGAUGAUUGAUCGGAACCUGCGAGAGGACGGAGAGAAAGCAUCCAGAGAAGUCAAACUACUGCUGCUCGGUGCUGGGGAAUCAGGGAAGAGCACAAUAGUUAAGCAAAUGAAGAUCAUUCAUGAAGAUGGCUACUCAGAUGAGGAGUGCAAGCAGUAUAAAGUCGUGGUUUAUAGCAACACUAUUCAGUCCAUCAUUGCCAUUAUCAGGGCCAUGGGCCGCUUAAAGAUCGACUUUGGGGAUCCUGCAAGAGCGGACGAUGCUCGGCAGCUCUUUGUGCUCGCCGGCACUGCAGAGGAAGGAGUCAUGACCCCUGAGCUCUCUGGGGUCAUCCGCCGGCUGUGGAAGGACGAAGGAGUGCAGACUUGUUUCGUCAGAUCACGAGAGUAUCAGCUCAAUGAUUCAGCAGCCUACUAUCUGAACGAUCUGGAUAGGAUAUCCCAGCCCACCUACAUGCCCACUCAACAAGAUGUGCUGAGGACUCGAGUCAAGACCACUGGCAUUGUAGAAACACACUUCACCUUCAAAGAGCUCUACUUCAAGAUGUUUGAUGUUGGUGGCCAGCGUUCAGAACGGAAGAAAUGGAUCCAUUGUUUUGAAGGCGUCACUGCUAUUAUCUUCUGUGUGGCGCUCAGCGACUAUGACCUGGUGCUAGCUGAGGAUGAAGAGAUGAACCGUAUGCAUGAGAGCAUGAAGCUUUUUGACAGCAUCUGCAACAACAAAUGGUUCACAGACACAUCCAUCAUUCUCUUCCUCAAUAAGAAGGAUCUGUUCGAGGAGAAGAUCAAACGGAGUCCACUUACGAUAUGCUACCCAGAAUACUCUGGAACAAACACAUACGAGGAGGCAGCAGCAUACAUCCAGUGCCAGUUCGAGGAUCUGAACAGAAGAAAGGAAACAAAGGAGAUCUACACACACUUCACUUGUGCCACGGACACCAAGAACGUACAGUUUGUGUUUGAUGCGGUCACUGAUGUCAUUAUCAAGAAUAACCUCAUAGAGUGUGGCCUCUAUUGAAGCAUCAUCUGUCUGCUAAGUUAUUUAUGGAAGAUUUCCGAGGUUCACUGACUGGUUGUUCCUGGUUUUGUCUGUUUCCUCUGUUGGCGAAUAAGCGAGAGAGACUUCCUCCCCACUGCAUGCACUCUUCACACUAAAUGCAGUAGCUAUGCCCAUGGACAUUUUUUCCCAUAUCAUUCGUAAUGACAAUCUGUUAUGAACAUUAUUUCUUUGCAUGAUACCACUAUGCAUAGAUCAUAAUCCACAAUAGACAGUAAUAUGUGUCUAUGUACUAACCUCAGUUGCAUCAAAUAUCUUUGUUUAUGUUUUUUUAACACAGCAAGCAACAAGAUUUCGAUCUGAGUGCUUUUAAUAACAAUGUAUCGGUUCUUAUGGGAAAGUUACCAUUUUGCCAUGUCUUUCAUAGCAAUUACUUAGCUAAUUUAUUCAUUUUUAGGUCUGUCUUUUAAGUUUGCAUAUAUUUGCAUACUUCUCCGAAUUAAGCCGCUAGUGUGAGAACUAUUGUUGUAUAUUGUGUUGUAUUAUUAUCAUACCUUUAGUAAUUCACAGCCCAAUCACACAGCAACAGUGCACUGUUUAUUUUUUCACUAAUUAGACAUGGAUCACUUUAUAUAACACUUUAUAUAACCCACUAUUUUUGUAUCUCUUGAAGACCAGUAUAGGUGUGAACAAAUGUUUUUUUACAGAUACAUUUCUGAAUGGUUCAGAAAUAAUGACCCUCUGUUGGGUCAAGAACACGUGGGAACAAAUGCCAUGAAAACAGAACAUGAUGGCCAGAUUUUACAAGACUUGUUUGAUGUGCUUUUGUUUAAUCCUGUGGAUUUCAGUAUUUUUAAACAAACUGACACAAUGUGAUCUGGUUUUUAAUACCUGUAUUUAAUCUGAAAAGUGUUGACAUCAAGUCAGAUGUUGCUUCCAGAACAUGCCAAACAGCCAGAGUUACCUGCAUGUGCAAGACCGAUAUUAUCCAUAUAUUAUGUAAAAAGUAUGGUAUUCCAAUUCUGGUACAUUCAUGUACUCAGUCUGGAUUCAUGUAACAAUCUGUGAUUUCUUUACUAUAUCACUGUGCGUUACUAUUUCAGCUAUUUGAAACAUGAAAGUGCAAAUGAACAACUAGCUUUAAUGAUAGCACUGAAUCACUAAUAUCCUAAUAACCUGGUUUGUUUAAUUUUCUGAAAACCCUUUUUUGAGUAGUAUUUAAAACCUGUUUUGUUUUAUGGGCUUUUCUUAUCAUAUGUAACUCUCCAAAGUACAAUGUCAACAAUUGCUGCAGUUUUGAAAAAAAUACAUAUAUAAUCAAAUUACCUUUAAGGAAACAUAUACAGUAGUAUAUACUAAUCAUGAUCAGAAAUGAUCUACAACACUUGAGUUGAAAAUAAUCUUUUAAUUUUAGUCAUUGAUGUUCAAACAAUGAAGGCAAAUUUUGACUAAGAUCAUACCUAAACGUAUUUUAUUUGUCUUGUUUUAAUGAGACUUUGUAUCUGAUCUAAUACUUCAAAUGUGCAAUUGCCAUCUUUGGAUCUUUUAUUUCCUAUUAUUCCACCAUUUCUCUGAUGGUGCCUGUGGCUCUAAAUAUGUAUAUAUGUGUAGUCUCACAAUUGUUCGACAUCUUUAAUACUCAUUUUUGCUGUAAUGAAGACACCUCUUUUUGAUUAUAUAAUACUCUUAGCAAAAAGUGUUUUGUACUGUGGUUCAUUCAAAAUUAGCUACGACACAAAGGGUCUGUGUUUGAAAAUCCCAAUUAAAACAAUGUAAGGUCAGUGUUUUGUGAAAGUAGCGCAAUUACAGUAGCGCCAAUGGCCAGCCAUUUAGUAAUUCAACACCAGCAACCAGUGAAAUUGAUGCAAGUCUUUAUUUCAUGUGCCUACAUUUACAUUCCAGAACAUCUCCACAAAUUCAGACCUCAGGUUUUAAACAAAGCAACAGGCCAUUCUAGAAUUUUCACUUGUUACUGUAAUACUGUAUCAUAAAUAUAUAGAUUUAUGUCUCCAUGUAUAUUUUAUAUAGAAUCUUUUUUUAAACAGAUUUUUUUCUUACUCUUAUUUACAAAACAUACUGCCCUACUGUAUUUGGGGCUGAAAAAUAAACAUCUUUCAUAUAUUGUGUGAGCUGGCAGAAUUCAAACAAUCACGUCUUGCUGAUAUGCAAGUUUUAACUCUCUCAAAGGAGACCAGAUGCUGUACAUAUAAGAAUGUUUCUAAUUGCUACCAUAGGACCUGAUGGGGUCCCACUUCAAUUUCUUUAAUACAGCAACAUUUAAUUGCAUAAAAUUUACUUUUCUUUUUCUGGAAAUGAAUGGAAAAAAACAUCUAACAGUCAAACCUCUAUAGGUUUAACAUUAAAUACAUUGAGAGGAAGCUUCUCCACAAGCAUCAAUAACUCGUAGCAUCAAAAGUCCCCUUUCUUUUGUAAUCCUUCUCUCGUUGUCUCUACUAGUGGUUUGACAGGAAAUGUGUUAGAGUCCCUUGGCAGGGCAGAGGCCAUUAGUCUAAUCUGGAUCUAGUCUCUGAGGUUUGGUCAAGUUGUUGAGCUUGUUCUUUGGCCGGGGAUCCGCUGACCACACUUGACUGCUUGCUGUAGAGUUCACCUUCGUGCCAUCUGUGGAUGUUCUUUUGUUACUGUAGCAACUUCACCAGAGUAAAUCCAAUCAUGCUGGUGGGGAUGGGACAGAAAGAUCUGGA